AUGGCCUCUCGGAUACCAGAUGCCGCUGAACAGAAACAACCCGAAUUACUACCCUCAGAGAUAAUGUUGGUCGUUAUCGGCUAUAUUGGUUAUAACUGGCCGGACGUCUGGGGUAGUAUGAGACUAACGAGCCACACAUGGAAAUUCGAGGUAGAGAAUUUCGUACAAAGCAACUAUCUCCCAAAUAUGACUAUCUGGGCACGGGACAAGGAGUUCAAAUUUACACACAUCUCGGAUCAACGUGCUGUCUUCAAGCUUCAGGGUCAUGCAGACGAGCAGGUUUGGGCACAGAUCCUCGAAUCAUUGAGACACAACGCCACUGAUCGCAUAAUCGCACUGCCAGAUCUCCGGACAGCCAACAACGCGAAAAUUAUUGGUCUACAAAGCAGCUAUAAGGACAAAAUCAUCUCAAUCGAGUGGCUACCAACAAUCAGCGGUCUGUUCAGGGUAGAGAGUGGACUUCGAGCGAUUGUCCGUGAAGAAUCCGAGUACGUAUUUGUCGUCGCAAAAGAUAUUUGA